AUGAGUACUAAUACUACUGUAGACAAGGAGAAACAGACAGAGACAACAGCAUCUAAUAAUGAACACCCAGCAGUCACUAAUUUUAGUGAUUUAGAAAAUUUAAGUGAACAAACCUUAAAAGCUAUUAAGCAAAUGGGGUUCACUAAAAUGACAGACGUUCAAGCUAGAACUAUUCCACCAUUAUUAGCAGGCCGUGAUGUUUUAGGGGCUGCCAAGACUGGUUCAGGUAAAACAUUAGCAUUUUUGAUUCCAGCCAUUGAAAUGUUACAUUCUUUGAAAUUCAAACCGAGAAAUGGUACUGGUGUCAUUGUUAUUACACCAACUAGAGAAUUAGCGUUACAGAUCUUUGGUGUGGUUCGUGAAUUAAUGGAAUUUCAUUCCCAAACAUUUGGUAUUGUUAUUGGUGGUGCUAAUAGAAGACAAGAAGCGGACAAACUAGCAAAAGGUGUCAAUAUACUAAUUGCCACGCCAGGAAGAUUAUUGGAUCACUUACAAAACACUAAGGGAUUUGUGUUCAGAAAUUUGAAGGCUUUAGUCAUCGAUGAAGCUGAUAGAAUUCUAGAGAUUGGGUUUGAAGAUGAAAUGAGGCAAAUUAUUAAGAUUUUACCUAAUGAAGAGAGACAGAGUAUGUUAUUUAGUGCUACGCAAACCACCAAAGUUGAGGAUUUGGCUCGUAUUUCUUUAAGGCCUGGUCCUUUAUUCAUAAAUGUUGAGUCCGGAAAGGAAACGUCGACAGUUGAUGGUUUGGAACAAGGCUAUGUUGUUUGUGAUAGUGAUAAGAGAUUUUUAUUAUUAUUUUCCUUUCUAAAAAGAAAUCAAAAAAAAAAGAUCAUUGUAUUUUUAAGUUCGUGCAAUAGUGUAAGGUAUUAUGCAGAAUUGCUAAAUUACAUUGAUUUACCAGUAUUGGAGUUGCAUGGAAAACAGAAACAACAAAAGAGAACAAACACAUUUUUUGAAUUUUGUAAUGCAGAACGUGGUAUUUUAGUGUGCACUGAUGUUGCAGCUAGAGGAUUGGACAUUCCAGCAGUUGAUUGGAUCAUUCAAUUUGACCCACCUGACGAUCCAAGAGAUUAUAUUCAUAGAGUUGGGAGAACUGCGAGAGGCACCAAGGGUAAAGGUAAAUCUUUAAUGUUCUUAACACCAAACGAAUUGGGAUUUUUGCGUUAUUUAAAAGCAGCUAAAGUGCCAUUAAACGAAUAUGAGUUUCCAGAUAAUAAAAUCGCUAAUGUCCAAAGUCAAUUGGAAAAAUUAAUUAAAAGCAAUUAUUAUUUGCAUCAAAUAGCAAAGGAUGGGUAUAGGUCCUAUUUACAAGCUUAUGCGUCCCAUUCUUUAAAGACUGUUUAUCAAAUUGAUAAAUUGGAUUUAACAAAGGUUGCUAAAUCAUACGGGUUUUCUGUCCCACCAAAGGUUAAUAUUACAAUACAGGCUAGUGGUAAGUCGCCUAAUAUUAAAAGACAUGGUGGCAAAAAUCAUUAUAAAAAAAACUAA